AUGCUCCAAACGCACAUGGGGACCAGCUCCGCCAUGAAGGCCGUCCACCUUCGAGACGCAGGGACUUGGAAGGACGUGACCAGAGCGAAGAAGUUGGCAAACACGAAGAAUGCAUUGGCGUAUAAAUGCUCCACGUGCACAGUGAGCGCGGAGCCGCUGGUGGACCAGCAGAUAUCGGUGGUGACGAACGACGGGCGGCUCUUCGUCGGCGUCCUGAGGGGCUUCGACCAGACGGCCAACGUGGUCCUGAGCGACUGCCAGGAGCGGGUGUUCGACACCGACAAGGGCGUAGAGCAGGUGGUGCUGGGCCUGUAUGUUAUCAGGGGAGACAACAUUGCCGUUGUCGGGGAGGUGGACGAAGAGAUCGACUCCCGCAUCGAUCUGUCGAACAUCCGGGCCGCGCCGCUCAAGCCGGUGGUGCACUAG